CUUUAUCAUAAUUUAACCCUUCAAUCUGUUGCCGCCUUUUGCUGUCGUGUAAAGUCACGUGAUCAAUUGUGAAACGUUUAGCUAUCUCUUUCUAUAAUAUAUUCGCCAAGGGAAGUUUGGAUUCAUCGUGGAUAUAAUAAUAAAAUAAUAAAGAAAUAUGUCGUCUAAAGGAUGUAUAUUAGCAACAGGUGGAACCGGCUAUGUUGGCUCUCAUACGGUGCUGGAGCUGAUCGAGGCCGGCUACGAUACAGUGGUUGUGGAUAAUCUGUCCAACUCAACUUUAGAGAGUUUGAAUCGUGUUGAAGAAUUAACGGGCGUAAAGGUUCCAGCAUACACAAUAGAUCUUCUUGACAAAGAAGGCCUAAGGAAGAUUUUCUCCAAGCACAAGAUUACAUGUGUCAUGCAUUUCGCUGGCUUCAAGGCGGUCGGUAGGUCUGUGCAUAUACCACUGCAGUACUUUAGGAAUAACCUUGGCGGUACUAUAAACUUACUGGAGGUUAUGGACGAAUUUAAAGUUUACAAUAUGAUUUUCUCGAGCUCGGCGACAGUAUACGGUGAACCGGAAUAUCUUCCCUUUGACGAGAAGCACAAGACCGGAGGGUGUACGAACCCUUACGGGAAAACUAAAUUCUUCAUUGAAGAGAUGAUGAAAGACUUAUUCGCAGCAGCCCCGCAAUGGAAUAUUGUAUUACUACGCUACUUCAAUCCCAUUGGUGCGCAUAAAUCAGGGAGAUUAGGGGAAAGCCCAAUCGGAAAACCCCAUAACCUCAUGCCAAACAUAUCAAAAGUUGCUGCAAAAGAACUGGAAUGUGUCAGUGUUUUUGGUGAUGACUUUGACACGAAGGAUGGAACUGGUGUCAGGGACUACACCCAUGUUGUCGAUCUGGCUAAAGGUCAUGUUGCAGCAUUGGCUGUCAUUGACAAGAAAUGGGGCUUAAAGAUCUAUAACCUCGGAACCGGGAAAGCUUAUUCUGUCCUUGAAAUGAUUAAAGCAUUCGAAAAAGCCUCUGGAGUGAACGUGCCAUACAAGAUUGCUCCACGAAGAGCUGGCGACUUGCCAACUUUCUGGUCGGAUGUUUCCCUUGUUAAAAAGGAAUUAGGCUGGGUAGCAGACAAGGGUCUUGAUGAAAUGUGCGAAGAUAUCUGGAGAUGGCAGAAAAUGAACCCUGGUGGAUACCCCGGCUGUUCCAAUGGGAUUCAAGACAUGUCGAGUUGAUAGAAAUUUAAAUAUAUAUAUAUGACUAUUUCUAAUUAUGUGGUUACUUAAAAUCAGACUUGCGGGUUAUUCAAUUUUAUUCCUUCUGCUUAAAGAUAUGCAAAAACUGUACUGUUCAGUUUAUAUUUCACAGGAUUAAAUAAAAAAAAGAUGUAUAUAUAUAUGCGAAUUAUUUUUGGGAUGGUUUAUAUAUUAUUAUAUUUACAUGAAGGUUGACCCUUUCGAACGAGAAUUAAGAUAUGCAUGUGUGAACAGUGUGUGAUGUCAUAUUGGAACGAGUUGAAAAUAAAUUAUUUUUCUCUA